AGGAUUAUUGAUAGAGAUAGAGAUCGAGGUCAAGACAGAGAUGUGGAAAAUAAGCAAGAACAUGAUAAGAAGCGGGACAGGGAAUGGGAAAGAGACCGUGAAUUAGAUGGGAGUCGAGAUAGAGAUAGGGAGAUGCAGAGAAGUGAUGAUCAUCAUAAAAGUCGAGACAAGGAUAAAGAUCAAGCAUUGAAGAAAGUGAAUGGUUCUAAUUUUAGUGACCGAAAUAGUAGAGAGCUUUCAUCAGAUUCAAGUGAUGAUGGUCAUGAUGAGGUGGAAAAACAACUAGAAAUUUCAAACCAACAGCUCGAAGAACUUCAAAAACAGAUAUCUCAGAUGGAAGGGUUGGCAGAGGAGAAAAGACAAUUUGCUACAAAGUUACAGGAGAAGUCCCAGAAAUUGGAGGAUGCAUUGACUGCUGCAAAGAAGCUCUCCUCUCAACGUCAGAUGCAAUUGACCAAGCUGCAUAGAUGUUUUCUGCACGUAAAAGACUACAGCGAAAGGCUUAAAAGCUCUGAACAGGAACUCCAGUCUCUUGUUGAUGCAACAAUGAUAGAGGUGGAUGUUGGUAAAGAUGUAGGUUUUAAGGUAUUGGGGCUAACAAAUGGAAGUACCUAACAGUGCACGGGGAUUAAAGUCCAUUUUGCAUUUGACGAGUGUUAAAUGUACAGCCUUCAUUUUCAUUCAAGUUUGUGUUUAUUUUUUUGGGUGGAAUGAAUGAUAUUCUUGUUUCUGACAGAUUUAUUUAGAAAUAUUAUUGGAAUAUAAAAUCUUGUAAUCACUAAAAGAUAUUCUCUAUCCACAUAUUAGUGGCUGCGAAGAGGUUAGAACUCCAAAGUCGUUGAAGACUGUCUUAUGUC